GGAGAUAGUUAGCUAACAUUAGCAACAUUAACAACUCUUACUUAGCAAAACUUUGAGUAAAAGACAAAGGAUUUUGCAAGAGCAUUGGAUGGAGUCUGCAUCUUCGUUUGCUGUAUGUUAUUUAAUCAGAGAGCGUCAUCACGGUUUGGGAUACGGAAUAUCUUAUACAUUGGUGAAAGAAUAAUGGUCAAGUAUUUCUCCAAUAGCACUGACAUUAAGUGUUCUUGGGACUAUGUAGUUUCAGCAUUCUGGCAGAGGUACCCCAACCCAUUCAGCACUCAUGUUCUCACAGAGGAUGUUCUGUACCGUGAGGUGUCCGCAGACCACCAACUGUUUACCAGACGUCUCCUAACAAAGACCAAUCGGCUGCCCCGAUGGGCAGAAAAGAUCUUCCCCUCCAACAUAGCCCGUUCUGUCUACGUUGUGGAGGACUCCAUUGUGGACCCUGUCGCUAGGAGCUUGACCACUUACACCUGGAACCUUAACCACACAACCCUCAUGUCCGUUGAAGAACGUUGUGUUUUCCAAGAGUCUGCUGAGCAGCCAGCCUCCACCCAGCUUAGACGUGAGGCAUGGAUAUCCUCAAGUGUGUAUGGCUUCUCCAGACCUAUUCAGGAGUUUGGUUUGGCUCGCUUCAAGAGCAACCAGGUGAAAGCCAUGAAAGGGCUGGAGUAUGCACUAUCAAAUUUACAUGGAGAGGCAUCCCAGCGACUACUCAGGGACACAGUGAAGGAUGCAUCAGAGAAGGCUAAGGAGGCAGCAUUUGCUGCUACAGAGAAGGCCAAGACACUAGCUUCAGCUGCUACUGCCCAACAGAAAUCCCAGCAGUUUGUCUGACAGGGACACGUGCGCUAUGGUUGGGACUUUGUGGGAAAACGCACACAGAGGAACGUGACAUAUCGUCAGUGCAAUGCCUCACUGUGAACCCCACUGGAUAGGAGCAUGUCUGUCUUUCUGCGUGUGCCAUUUGUGUUGCUGUGUGCAACCAAACCAACCACCGCUGGCUUUGGUCCUGUAGGGUUCAGCCCAGUCUUAUCUUUGUCUCUACCUCUAGCUGGCUGGCUGGCUGGCUCUGUCUCUGUCUCUGUCUCUCUCUCUCUCUCUCUCUCGCACACACACAUCAAGACUCCUCUCUCUCUCUCUCUCUCUCUCUCUCUCUCUCUCUCUCUCUCUCUCUUUCGCACACACACAUCAAGACUCAGGUACUAAACUUUUGUCCCCGACCACCUUUGUGUAAGCUGAAAAUGCUAGCAACCUUUUAUAUGAAGCUAGUCAGUAGUUGUAGUAGAAUUAGAUACAUAAUCAUUUCUCAUGCUUAUUUACUCUGCAGUGACAAAAUGUUCAAGCUUCACCUCUGCAGGUUCCUGAGUCUGCUAGACCAACCAACCACUGUGGCUUUUAAUGUUGUUUUAGCGGUAGUUCUGCAGGUAUGGGAGGAUUGGUAUUAUUGAUGGUUAAAUUUUGCGAAAUAAAGAUGGUGCUCUACCUUACGUCAUACUAAGAAAUCCCUUGCAUCAUGAUGGCGCCAUGUUAUACCUGUUGGUUUUAAAUCUUUAUCACAAAAUGACACUAGGGUUGACAUGGUUUACAACAUUUUAUGCUUAUGUUCAACAUUGCAAACAUUAAUGGAAAUCAUACUCUAAUGCUGUUGAUUCAUGGCUGCCAAUCGAGCACUGACAAUCGAGAUUUUAAAGAGGUGAUUUGUACAGUAGUUGAAAUGUGAAUGAAGCAAAUCAUGUGUGUUAGAUAAUUUAAUAGCAUCGAGUCAAUAAGCCUUUUUCCACUCCUCCAGAUAUAGUAAUGAAAUGGUUAUUUUGAGAUAUUGUGAAUCUUGUAUGUAUGUGAAUUAUUACUGUGACCAGAAUACCAUUGUAUGUUGCUGUGUCUCUGCGGACACUGCAAUGAUUGCAUUUCUCUAGAAUGAUGGACUAUUGACUACGCUCUCCAUUGUGAGACUUGAAUGGUCAUUAAAAAUGU